AGAACAUUCUACCCAUCCGUGGUGCGAUGUGCUUUGUCUGGAGGCCAGCUUCUGAAAUGCGCCCAGCUCCGAGGGAGAGUUCACCAGCCUUGGCCGAGGCGGGCUCCGAGACGCAGGGUGUGGUUUCCUUAGCUCACUCUGUGCUAUUUGGUUGCCUGUGGCAACGGGAUCCAAACAACUUGGACAUGUGUUUGUAUAAAAAAACUGGGAAUGGGACCCAGAGUGGGAGUCCGGGGCCAUUCAGCUGGUGGAAGAGCCACGGUCCAGCCAGCUACAAGGUGGGCACCAUGACUGAGAAGUUCGACUGCCACUACUGCAGGGACAACCUGCAGGGCAAGAAAUACGUGCAGAAGGAUGGCCACCACUGUUGCCUGAAGUGCUUCGACAAGUUCUGCGCCAACACCUGUGUGGAGUGCCGGAAGCCCAUCGGCGCUGACUCCAAGGAGGUUCACUAUAAGAACCGCUACUGGCAUGACACCUGCUUCCGCUGUGCCAAGUGCCUGCACCCCUUGGCCAAUGAGACCUUUGUGGCCAAGGACAACAAGAUCUUUUGCAACAAGUGCACCACGCGGGAGGAUGCCCCCAAGUGCAAGGGGUGCUUCAAGCCGAUCGUGGCAGGAGAUCAGAACGUGGAGUACAAGAAGACCAUCUGGCACAAAGACUGCUUCACCUGCAGCAACUGCAAACAAGUCAUCGGGACUGGAAGCUUCUUCCCCAAAGGGGAGGACUUCUACUGCGUGACUUGCCAUGAGACCAAAUUUGCCAAGCAUUGCGUCAAGUGCAACAAGGCCAUCACAUCUGGAGGAAUCACUUACCAGGAUCAGCCCUGGCAUGCCGAGUGCUUUGUGUGUGUUACCUGCUCUAAGAAGCUGGCUGGGCAGCGUUUCACCGCUGUGGAGGACCAGUAUUACUGCGUGGAUUGCUACAAGAACUUUGUGGCCAAGAAGUGUGCUGGAUGCAAGAACCCCAUCACUGGGUUUGGUAAAGGCUCCAGUGUGGUGGCCUAUGAAGGACAAUCCUGGCACGACUACUGCUUCCACUGCAAAAAGUGCUCCGUGAACCUGGCCAACAAGCGCUUUGUUUUCCACGAGGAGCAAGUGUAUUGCCCCGACUGUGCCAAAAAGCUGUAAAGUGACAGGGGCUCCUGUCCUGUAAAAUGGAAUCGAGUCUUGUUCUCUGUGUCCUCACCCUCUGGCCAGCGCCACCCCCCGGGCCAGAGUGGCCUCUCGCCUCUGAAGUCCUCCUCCUGCCUUUGCCCCCAUUCUACGCUGUCACUCCCACCAGGGCGCACAGUGCUCGCGCUAGGAUGUAGUGGCCACGUACACAUCUCCGUAGCUGCCAUGAGAACACACACACUUAGGUAGACCAACUCUUCUGCAUGUUUAUCCUAGAGCAGAAAGUGCUGACCAUGUAGCUGCUUAGUGACACAAGCAAGCGGCGUACCCCACGAAGCCCCUGCCGAGCUGCGUCUCGCGGCUCAGCCAGGACCCGCCGUGUCCCCGUGUCCCCGGGCCACGCGAGAGUUGCAGCGGCUGCUGCAACUCGGCUGCUCACGUCUUUGGUGAGCAGAAAGCAAACGUAGCGAAUUGCAUGGUUGAACUUGCUCAUCAGAGUCUCUUCUGUUCUUUUGUGCUUUUGAACGACUGAUACGAAUUUCCAGAAAGUUAACAUUUGAACUUAGCUGUUAAGUAACUCUAAACUGACCUCCCCCCCCCAUACUAACUUCCAAUUUCCCCGUGUGGCGUGUUUUCUGAACGUUCCUACUUUCAAGCGUGGAACGUGCAGGUGAUUUGCAAAGUGUAGGCAGACCUGAGAGAACGAGCCUGUUGCUCAGGAACAUCGUCACCGCGAAUGCUUCUGGAGGCUUAACAGAACUAACCCAGCUGCCCUUUCUCUUUUAUUUUUUUAAUAUUUUUGUUUUAAUAUGAAUAGUAACAUAGUUUAUGGGUUUGGAGACUUGCAUGUCAGUAUUUUUGCCCCCUCCAGCGUUCCUGCAGUUUUGAAAUCCAUCCUACAGAAGUAACCCUAACACCUGAGAGGGGUAGCUGAGCAGGCACCGGGACGGUCACUGACCCGACAGGAUGUCUCCGAACAGUGAUGUAACGUAGUAGUUGUCUGCUCUUGGUCCCCGUGGUGAAGAGCCCGGUUCAGUCCCUCUUACGACUCUUAAAGGACUGCCCCUCAGAGCUUAGCGGGAUCUCUGGGGGCGUGGCGGCCACCCUCCCGGGCCAGCCGGAUGCCCAUGUAGUGCUCACCUCACCGCACUCUCAUCGACAUUGUUCUAGGACGUAGUAUAACGAGACAGAACCACAAGUGAACACAUAAUGCCAGUGCGUACGAACAUUCUUGUAGGAGUGGUUAGCGAAGCCGACGCUCAUUUCUGCAUUUUGUCAUUAGCUAUUAUCCUCUAACGUUUCAGUGUAUCCUUACAGAAAUAAAGCAGCAUA